AGAAGGGGGAAGAUGACGAGCAGGAGUGGAGGGAGUGGGAAGACGACAAGCGGGAGCAAAAGCACAACGAAUGGACGACCAGCGGAAGGAUAAGGAACGGGAGGUGGAGCAACGGGAAGGGGAGGUGGAGCAACGGGAAGGGGAGGUGGAGCAACGGGAAGGGGAGGUGAAGCAGGAUGAGUGGGAGGACGAGCAGGAGGACGAAGAUGGUGAACUGAAGGAGGUAGAGGGGGAGGACGACGAGUGGCAGGAGGUCGACGAGCGGGAGGAGGACGACAUGGGGGGCCUUGGGAGGAAAAGGCAGGAGAAGCAGAAAGAGGAGGUAGUGAUGCCAUGUGUCAUGCACUGCACGAUCGCACAGCCGACUGUGUUCGUAGGACGAGAAAUCAUGUCCCCUUAUUCUUGGUAAUGCCACGUGUCAUGUCCCUUGCUAUCGCUUCGUUUCUCGUUCCGCGGAUGACAGAGCAUGUGAUGUGUUAUACGAUAAUAAAAUGUAUUUCAAGCA